GACCCCAUAGAACGCCGACAUGCUUGAACUGCGAUCAAACGCAGACCGGUUUCGCCCUGCAGCUCAAGGCAGGCGGCGCUUAUACUACAUGUUCGACACGGACGACGACAACAACAAUGACCGUAGAUAAACCUGUUGGUUAUUCAGCGACGUACAUCUUGCGCGCCUCCACGGUCGCGCGUAUCCACACCAUCCUCUCGUUCGGAGCAUUCGGCACGGCAUUGCUCGUAGGGUGUGCUCUGCAUUAUAAGAAGAUAGUGAAGAACGGAGUAGCUGGAUGGCCUCAAGAGUGGUUUCCGAGCGUGUCUGCGACAAUUGGAGAUUGGUAUCCUGAGAGAAAUAUAUUUCAGAUCCUUAUUGCUUUGACCAGUGGCCCUCGUUUUGCUGUGAUCCUCUUCAGUUACUUCCUGAACCAUGCAAAGGCCCCCUCUUCCUCACUACCAGCGUUCAUACUUGCGACCGGUAUCAUACGCACAUUGAGCUGUGGUGGAUGGGUCUACAUCACUUCGAGCGAUGACCAUGACGUACACGACGUUCUUAUGAUCCUAUACAUCGUCUGCAACAUCCCCUGGAUGUACGGAGGUAUCAAAGCUGCUGGCAUAAAGACUAGGAGGCGAAGAACGGCUAUCGCAGCAGCAUUCUGGGCGGCUCUCGUGCCUAUGAUUUAUUUCUUCGUACAGCAUAAAGUCCAUCGAAUCCCUGGAGCGUAUACACAUUACAGUUUCUUUGAAUGGUCCCUCAUACUCCUUGAUGUCCUCUUCGACGCCACGACAGAACUCGAGUUCCGCGAGAGUGGUGUGGAGGUAACCAUCGCGUUGCCACAGAGCGGUUCAGCCGAGAGAGUGGACAACGAAAUCAGAAAGAAAUCGGUCACUACCGCGCCAAGUGAUGUGGCACCGGCCAAGUCGCUGAACGGUAACUCCACCAAGCCAGGCAUCACCAACAAUGGACAAGUGGGCAUGACCGCCAACUCGUCAAUCCUGUCAACAUCACGUCCUACUCUCAGCUUCUUGGUUGACGUGUACUUUGCGUACCAAACCUGGACGCUCCUGACAGCCCUUCCGACCACGCUAUUCUAUUUCUCCGUCUGGAAACUUGCCCUCGCAGGUCCCGAAUUCUCUAGCCUCGCAACACUCUCGCCACUUCUCCUUGCGUCCCCUCACAUACUCUCCUUUUCACGUUCAAGAUACGGACGAGCGAUUCUUUCGGCCGUGGGCGCGGUAGCUGGGAUUGGGCUCUGGAAAGCCGAGAGUGUUUGGACUAGGCUAGGCGGAGUAGUUGUCGGUGUCAUGGCAGGCUUGAUAAGGUGGGGCGCUGAGUGGGAGGAAGGGAGGGCGUAUCACGGUAUCGUGUUCAUAUUUGGGCUUAUGGUGUCGUCGCUGUCCAAGCAUCUCAAUCACAGCAAUAACCCUGCUUGGCCUAUCGUAGACGAGAAAUCGGGCGGAUACCAUAUCCCUAUACUCGGACUCUCAUUCCUCGCAAUCUUAGAGCUUAUCACACGACCAUCCACGUCUCCCUCACCACCCAGACUCUCGGCUUUCGACGAAAUCGACGGACAAGGCAGCGCCACACCGUCCAAGUCCUCAUCGGAAACACCGGUCCCAGCCACCUUCACGCCGUCAUCUACACCAUGGCUUUCAUCCUCUCUCGCAUUGGGUGCACUACUUUAUUCUCUUCACGAAAGACUGUCAGAUGCGAGCAGCCUAAUCGCCUGGAGUUGGACGGGAUAUCCGCUGUCUGGCCCCUCGCCACACGCCCACGCGCCACUGACUCUCAUUGCACAAUCCCUGGGCGUUAUCAUCGCCAUUUUUGCCUUGCCCUCGACAGAUAAUUCGACAUCGGCUACCGAUUUUCUGCAGCAUCCAGUCUGGUAUGCCAUAGGAGCGGCUAGCUCUUACGUCCUGUACGCGUACAAGGACUGGCUCGGAUACAGCGGCGCACUGGUUCACACCGUGUUCCUGACAUCCAUAACGCCCCACGUUUUGAAGAAUGUGGCGGUUGCGACGAGAGGGAAAGAUGGUGUUAGGGGGGAGAGAGUCGGAAGGGUGUUGACGACGGCGUGGGCAGUCUGGAUUGUGUUCUUGUUCACAGGAACCUUUACGGUCGCGUAUGCGUUCGUGCCAGGGGCAGGACCAUUCAGGGAGCAUACAGAUUACGUGCUAGCCACCCAGAUCUUACUCCUGGCACCAGCCUUCCAAUGGCGAUCUGCAUUCCAGCCCGGCUCUAUCACUCAUUCUCGCCUCCCAAGAUUAGCGUCAUCGCUCCCUAGCUCCUUCCGCACCCACACCUUUUCCCUCCUGACCAUAAUUCCCCUCAUAGCCCUCCUCUCACCGCUCAUUCGUCCGCCUUCACCUCCUCCCGCGCCCUCCGCCGCACACGCGCGUGGCAGACUCCUGAACGCAGGCAUUUGGACAGUUCAUUUCGGAAUCGACGAUGCAGGCAGGGAUAGUCAGAGGAGGAUAAGGGAUCUCGUGAAAGAUAUGGAGCUGGAUGUGUUUGGGUUGUUGGAGACGGAUUUGUACAGGCCUGUGUUUGGGAAUCGGGAUCUGACGAGAGUCAUUUCGCAGGAGUUGGGAUAUUACGUGGAUAUUGGACCCGGUCCUAAUCAGCAUACAUGGGGCGCAGCACUGUUUUCAAAAUUCCCCAUCUUGAAAUCAACGCAUCAUCUACUUCCCUCGCCGUAUGGAGAGCUCGCACCCGCCAUCGAAGCUAUUUUGGAUAUCUACGGUGUGAACGUUACUGUCGUCGUUGCGCACAAUGGCCAAGAGGAAACACCACUGGACCGGGAGCUCCAGGCGACGGAACUCGCUCGAAUUAUGGCUGCAUCCCAUCCGGAUCCAGUCAUUUUCCUGGGCUACGUAGUCACGAAACCGAAGGCUGCGAGACCGGCACCGUAUCUCAUUAUGACCCAGGACGGGCUUGUUCACGACAUUGACGGGGAAGACAGCGACCGAUGGUGCGAGUAUAUCAUGUACCGAGGUCUCUACCGGACGGCGUACGCUCGUGUCUCGCGUAGUACGAUCACCGACACCGAGCUUCAGAUUGGGCAGUUCGUGGUACCAAGGUAUGGAAAGCCUGUGACGAACGAUACACAUGAAGCAAGGUAUUUGCGGUCUUGGAAGGAGGACUUGCCUAAGGAGCAUUGGUUCCCAAUGGAGUAUUAUGGUAACAACCGCGAGGGAGGUGUAAGAGGUCACUUCUACCAUGUAUUCAACACGCCCUUGUAUUAUCAGCUUCCUGAAGGGGCUGAAGUGUAGUAGACCGACGAGCUUGUCUUCUACGCUGAUGAGCACUCGUUCUUAUUGUGUCUAUUGUCUCAUUUACUGUUGCUGUCCUGUCCUUGUGCUGCCUGUAUUGCCUCUGGGUGUAUAUAAAUGUCUUUCUAGCCCAUUGCCUUGC